AUGUCCCCAGUUCAAUUAGCUGAAAAAAAUUACGAAAGAGACGAACAAUUCACCAAAGCUUUACACGGUGAUUCCUACAAGAAAACUGGUUUAUCUGCCUUGAUAGCUAAAUCCAAAGAUGCUGCCUCUGUUGCUGCCGAUGGUUAUUUCAAACAUUGGGAUGGUGGUGUUUCCAAAGAUGAUGAAGAUAAAAGAUUGAAUGAUUACUCACAAUUGACUCAUCAUUAUUAUAACUUGGUUACCGAUUUUUACGAAUAUGGUUGGGGUUCUUCUUUCCAUUUCUCAAGAUACUAUAAAGGUGAAGCUUUCAGACAAGCUACUGCUAGACAUGAACAUUUCUUGGCUCACAAAAUGAACCUUAAUGAAAAUAUGAAAGUUUUAGAUGUUGGUUGUGGUGUUGGUGGUCCCGGUAGAGAAAUCACUAGAUUUACUGAUUGUGAAAUUGUUGGAUUAAACAAUAACGAUUAUCAAAUUGAAAGAGCUAAUCAUUAUGCCAAAAAAUACAAAUUAGAUCAUAAAUUAUCUUAUGUUAAAGGUGAUUUCAUGCAAAUGGAUUUUGAACCAGAAUCAUUUGAUGCUGUUUAUGCCAUUGAAGCCACUGUUCAUGCUCCAGUUUUGGAAGGUGUUUAUUCUGAAAUUUACAAAGUUUUGAAACCAGGUGGUGUUUUCGGUGUUUAUGAAUGGGUCAUGACCGAUAAAUACGAUGAAACCAAUAAAGAACAUCGUAAGAUUGCUUAUGGUAUUGAAGUUGGUGAUGGUAUUCCAAAAAUGUAUUCCCGUAAAGUUGCUGAACAAGCUUUAAAAAAUGUUGGAUUUGAAAUUGAAUAUCAAAAAGAUUUGGCUGAUGUUGAUGAUGAAAUUCCUUGGUAUUAUCCAUUAAGUGGUGAUUUGAAAUAUUGUCAAACUUUAAGUGAUUACUUGACUGUUUUCAGAACAUCAAGAAUCGGGAGAUUUAUCACUACUGAAUCCGUUGGUUUGAUGGAAAAAAUCGGGUUAGCACCAAAAGGUUCUAAACAAGUUACUCAUGCUUUAGAAGAUGCUGCUGUUAAUUUGGUUGAAGGUGGUAGACAAAAAUUGUUUACUCCAAUGAUGUUGUAUGUUGUUAGAAAGCCAGUAGAAAAGAAAGAUUAA